UUAGACUUUAGAGUGAGAUUUGUCCACUUUUUGAUGCUUUGACAUUUUCCCCUCGUUCACCAUUGUCAAAGUGAUUCUACAAAGAUUUCGUUCUUGAGUUAAAGCACACUCCAUGAACUCCUUUUGAUGCAAGUGCAAAAAAGCCACCCUUUACAAAGGACAGUAGUUGGUUAGCACAAGUAGUGAGGACUGAGGAGAGUCUUCAAAGAGAAGGCAAAAGACUAAUCUUUUCACCACAUUCAUGCAUGCUUAUAUCAUAGACACUUAAAUGAUCACUUUGUGGUCACUUCCAGGAAGUAAGCUUCUCUAUGCUGAAUUGCAAAGGGACAUGUGAAGUGUUAGAAUCUGUUUACUAAUCUCUGACAACAAAAUUUGGACUCUGGACUAGUGUGUUUGGCUCAAGUGUGCUUCAUCUUAGUUCUCGCUCGUGAAGUUCUUGGGUAUGGGGCUUGAAAGGGGUGGAGACCAUAAAAUGCUGGGACUGAAAUUCACUCCAAGGCACAAGCGUUCAAAGAGUGUUCCUGAUAAGAAAAGAAUUGAGGAGGAUGAUCCAGAUAAUGGCCAUGAUUCCUCAGACCGAUUGAAACUGGACACGGGUUACCUCACGGAAUGUGAUAAAGCUAGGAAAAACCAAAUCCCUACAGAUGAAGUACACCGUACCCUGAAGCAAGAGAUUCUACUGCUAGAGAGGAGAUUACAGGACCAAUUUCAGGUCAGGUGCACCUUAGAAAAGGCACUUGGAUACAGAUCUUCAUCUCUCGUAAAUUCAAAUGAGAUAGUGAUACCCAAGCCAGCAACAGAAUUAAUUAAGGAAAUUGCAGUGUUAGAGUUGGAAGUUGUGUAUUUGGAACAACAUCUUCUCUCCUUGUACCGUAAAGCUUUUGAUCAACAAUUAUCUCCUGUGUCUCCGUCUUCCAAGGAGGAAACUGUGAAGUCCCCUCUAACAACACCGAGAGCAAGAUUCAUCAACGUUCCUAUGCCCGAGGUCUUAAGAACAAGAGAAUUAUCUACAACAGAAUCUAACGACCAUAAGCUUGAGACUCUGAAAAAGGAGCAUAAUAGAUAUGAAUUUGAGACUUUUGGGAAAGAAUAUAAUGGAAAUGGGUUAGAAGAAAAGCAUUUAGAUUCUGGUGUUUAUCGUUGCCAUUCCUCGUUGUCCCAUUGUCCAGCCUUUACAAUGGCAUCUCCUCCUGCAGAAUCUUUAACUAAAUCUCUGCGUGCCUGUCAUUCACAGCCAUUGUCCAUGUUGGAGUAUACUCAAAGUUCUUCAUCAAAUAUAAUAAGUUUGGCUGAACAUCUUGGUACCCGGAUAUCUGAUCAUGUUCCAGUACAACUUAAUAAACUUUCUGAGGAUAUGGUCAAAUGCAUAUCAGCCAUAUAUUGCAAACUAGCAGACCCUCCCAUGACACAUCAAGGCCUUUCCUCUCCCAGUUCAUCCUUGUCCACAACAAGUGCCUUUUCUAUUGGAGAUCAAGUUGAUAUGUGGAGCCCGAGAUUCAGGAAUAACUCUUUUGAUGUACGGUUAGACAACCCUUUCCAUGUGGAAGGGCUAAAGGAGUUUAGUGGUCCAUACAGCACCAUGGUUGAAAUAUCAUGGAUUUAUAGAGAGAGUCGGAAAUCGGGUGAUACAGAGAAGUUGCUGCAGAAUUUCAGGUCACUUAUUUGUCGAUUAGAAGAAGUAAAUCCUGGCAAGUUGAAACACGAGGAGAAGCUAGCUUUCUGGAUCAACAUACACAAUGCUUUGGUUAUGCAUGCAUUUUUGGCAUAUGGGAUUCCACAAAACAAUGUGAGAAGAGUCUUUCUUCUUUUGAAGGCUGCAUAUAAUGUUGGGGGUCGUACAGUUAGUGCAGACACAAUACAAAGUAGUAUACUCAAGUGCAGGAUGUCUCGCCCUGGACAGUGGCUGCGCUUGUUGUUUUCUCCAAGGAAAAAAUUCAGAGCUGGAAAUGGACGACAAGCCCAUGCACUAGAGCAUCCUGAGCCACUUUCACACUUCGCACUCUGUUCAGGAAAUCAUUCUGAUCCAGCGGUCCGCGUAUACACACCAAAGAGGGUGUUUCAAGAGCUUGAAGUUGCAAAGGAGGAGUACAUUCGAGCUACAUUUGGGGUACGCAAGGACCAAAAGAUACUUUUACCAAAGCUUGUUGAAUCAUUCACCAAAGACUCAGGUUUGUGCCCCAGUGGUGUCAUGGAUAUGAUUCAAGAAUCUCUUCCAGAAUCCCUUAGAAAGAGUGUUAAGAAAUGUCAGCUUGCAAAAUCAAGGAAGUGCAUAGAAUGGACUCCACAUAACUUCACUUUUCGAUACCUCAUAUCCAAGGAUAUGGUUAAAUGAUUCUUGGAAGCAUUACCUCUUAG